AAUCGACGGAACAUCGAAAUUUAAAAAUGUAGAUCUCUGCCUAGCACUUUCGAUAUACACCAUAAGCCUUCGAUGAUAGAAUCGGUGAUUUCGAUGUCAGAAUCGGCGAUUCGAAGCGUCAUCGAAUCUUCCACGUUCAAUUUCGUGGUUUCACUUUCGUUUCUCCAUCUUCUCCAGUCUCCAUCUCCUGCUUUACAUCUCCAACACAACCAAUAUGGCGGCAUCCCACGGCAUGGAUUUCGACCCAGUCAUGGAGGCUGAGGUACCUGAGCCUAGUACUGCUGCUGCAGCAGCUGCAACACAUUCCACAGCCCCUCCAUCACCAAAAAAAAAAGCUUCCAGGAGGGCUGCAUCCAGCAGGAAGCGUAACAUUACCUGGACUCAUAUUGAGUGUCAGGUACUUGUGAAUGAAACGCUUCCUUGCUGGAUGCAGCUGUGUGGCCCCCGCUCCAGGGAGACUAGUCCGCAAUGGAAAUUGCAGAAGUGGGAGGAGAUCUCCAAAAAGGUAGAGGAGAUGUAUCACCAUCGGCGUGACCCGGCUGCCUGUCGUAAAAAAUUCAGCGACAUAAAACGAUCUAUUGUGCGCAAACGCAGACAGCCGGGGCGUGGAGGAAAACGGGUGUCUCUCCUGCCCCAUGAGGCAGACCUUUUAACGGGGAUAGGGGAGGAUGAGAUCACCCAGCUCCAGGCUCAUCAAGAUCGUAUCAAGGCCCAGCGCCGCCAGAAGCGGAGGGCGGAGGAGCUGGAGUCCUCCUCUUCAUCACCAAGAAGUGCCAUCCAGUCAGAGGGGGAGACGCAGGAGGAGGAGGCUGAGGCGGCAACGACCACAUCUACUGAGGCUGAGCAGGAGGUGGAAGAGAUCUGCCCUGGAGAAGCUGCUGGCAGUGCUGGGGAUGCUCAAGAUGGUGUCCAACAGCCAGGCGCGUCAGGUCCAGGGAAUCAAGAUGAAUUAAUCAUUCUUGAUUUACAUGCAGUGGACGAAGACCUGGACGUGUCUGGUUUGGCUCACCAUUCUUCCUCCCCAGCAGUUUCUCCAGCGCAUCAUCUCCAUCACCCUUCAGCAGCAUCCCCCAACCAGGACAUACCCAUUGACGCGGGCGCGUCCUCCACAAUGCAGCAGCCUACUCCAGGACACGCGCACUCUCCAGAGCCAUGCAAGCCUCUGCGGCGCAUUGUGAAGUGCCACUGUCAAGAAAGACAGUUAAGGAGGCUGUCUCACUCCUUGGCCCUCCACAAUCGCCAGCAGAUGCGGCAAUAUAUGGCUCUGGAGAGGUACCAACGGGCAACGAGGAGGAUGGCGUGUGAGAAUAUGAGAGCCAUAAACUCCACACUUGAAUGCAUACUGACCAAGUUGGAAGGAAACCAAAGUUUGUAA